AUGGCUCCAGGUGUUCCCGGUAUUCCCGUAAAACUUGAUUCCCCAGUUGAAUUCUUAAAAGAAUUCUCUAGUAAAUACGGUUAUAAUGGUAGAAUUGAUACUAUACGUGAGAAUGAAUAUCCUCAUUUAAAGAACGCUAUUUACCUUGAUCAUACUGGUGCAACUGUUUAUCCAAAAAGUGCCAUUGACUCUUUUGCUGAUGAUCUUAAACAUAAUCUUUUUGGUAAUCCUCAUUCGGAGAAUCCAAGUUCACUACUUUCAACUGAACGAACUGAAAGGGUUAGACUUCGUAUAUUAAAUCAUUUUAAUGCUAAUCCUAAUGAAUAUCAAGUUGUUUUCACUCAAAAUUGUACCGCCGCAAUUAAAUUGGUUGGUGAAGCCUUCCCAUGGACUUAUGGUAAAAGUUCUUUUAGAUAUAUGAGAGAAGGUCAUAAUAGUUUAGUAGGCUUAAGACGCUAUGCUGAAGAAAAUAACUUACCUGAUGUGAAAGUUGUAACCGAGAAAGACCUGGAGUCCAUGUUUAAAGCGUAUUCGGAACAUAGAAAUGUUAAUUUACCGCCUGAAACAAAUAAUAGUAUAGUUUAUGGACUUUUUGCUUAUCCUGCUCAAGAUAAUUAUUCGGGUAAAAGAUAUCCUCUUACAUGGAUACGAAAGAUUAAAUCCUUUGAUACCGAUAAUUCAAAAAUCUUGGUAUUACUUGAUGCUGCUGCUUAUGUAUCAUGUUCUCCCUUAUCAUUGGCCGAUCCAGAAGAAUCUCCUGAUUUUGUUGCUUUCAGCUUUUACAAAAUCUUUGGCUUUCCAACUGGUUUGGGUGCUUUAAUAGUAAAAAGUGAAUUGGCUCCAAUAUUAAAAAAACGUUAUUUUGGUGGUGGUACAAUUGCUUAUGAUCGAUCAUGGCAGAUGUUCCGAAAAGAUUUGAGUGGACGUUAUGAAGAUGGUACCAUUAACUAUUUGGACAUUAUUGCUCUUGAACAUUCAUUUAAUGCACAUGAAAGAAUAUAUACAAGUCAUUUUAACAUCAAAGAGCAUUUAACUGCCCUUAGCACUUUUAUGUAUCGAAAAAUGAUUUCCUUACGUCAUUCGAAUGGUAAUCCUCUAUGCGCUCUCUAUUCAGAUAAUGAUUAUUCUGAUCCUUCACUUCAAGGUCCCAUUUUCAAUUUUAAUUUAAAAAAGGCUGAUGGUUCUUGGAUUGGGUACCAUGAAGUGGAAGUUCUUGCAAAUGAGCGAGGAAUUCAUACAAGAACUGGUGGAUUUUGUAAUCCUGGUAGCACAUCGAAAUGGGUAAAACUUCAUCCCGAUCAAGUUAUGGAUAAUUAUAUGGAAGGAAAAUAUUGUGGUGAUCCCGAAAAUGAUAUUUACAAAGGAAAACUUCAAGGUUCAAUGCGUGUCUCAUUAGGUGCUAUGUCAACUAUCGAUGACGUUCUUAAAUUUAUAGCAUUCCUUAGAGAAUAUAUCGAUACUUCAUCACCUAAUUUACCACAAAAAGUUUCGUCUCAUGUUAAAACAAAACAUAGUUCCCAUGUACCGCAAAAAGUAGAAAUGAGUAUAACUCACCCUAGUAUGAUUGUAGAAAAGGUGACUUAUACACGCGAUCUUCUUCAAAAACAAAUUGAUUAA